AUGUUGUGUUUCCUUUGUUCCUUUGCAAAAGGUGGCUACUGCUAUUGCCGUCCGGGAAGGCCAGUGACGGUGUUGUCAACGCUCGACAUGCUAAUCGUCGACACUUCAUUUCCAACUGCUCAAGCCCCUCGACGUCGUUCUCGCAGUGAACCCGUUCGACGGAAGGAAUGUUCUCAAUUCGUGCGAUUUCGGAGUCUUCGCGAAGCAAAAGUUGAACGCAGAGAUCGAAAAAAGCCGUUGAGGAUUGACGUCGUUUCAAUAGCAUCGUCAGCAGAAUCUAAACUACGACGGAGGAAAACGAGGAGGGAACGGACUCGCAGACGUAUGGAAGUACAAAGUGAUCACUUCGAUCGUUUGUUGUCAACAUCGUCUUCCUCUCUGCAGUCCAUGGCCUCGGACGCUUUGCAACCUCUAAUGGCAAAUUGGUCUACAUCGAGUCCUGCAUCGGAGGCAAGCAGUGAAGGGCUGUCCUCGGCCGAAUUGGCGCAGGCCAUAGAGAUACCGAGUCGGUCAAGCUUUGCUUUGCUGGUCAAUGGCAAUAACCAUAUGGAAUCGAAGGAUGCACCACCAUUGGAUCGCGGAGAUUUUGUGAACACACAGAAGAAAAUCUGUCCCACAAUUAUUGAUCGGUUACACCUGGAUCUCGUCCAAUUGUCCGACGCUGCGGCACCAAAUGGUUGGUUAGGAUCGGUGAGCUAUGUAACAGAUAUGGAGCAAUUUGUGCAAAAACUACCUGUAAAUGCCUUUGUGGAUCCAUUCGAGGAGGAAGAACGGAGGUCUCGGACAGAAAUGUGGGUCGAGUCAACGUCCCCUGGAUAUCCGAGCGAAGAAGAAAAUGGCGGCGAGGUUGCGGCAAAUGCGGGAGGUUCAGAGGACUCGAUGGAGAUUCCCGAGGUGAAAGUCUCUGAAUGUUCCGAGAAAAGCGUGAGUGCCAGUCCUCCUGGCAACACUACUACCUCAACGACUGGCGCCGAUGAAGAGCCAUUACCGCCGUCUGUUCAGAUUCAUAUAAAUGGCGAGCUGCUGCCCACUGCUAAGAUCCAGAAGAACGUUAUGGACCGUCUGGACUCUCUUGUUACCUCAGAAGUGAGCGAGGCAAACUCUUUAGUGAGUUCCGAAGUGGAUAAGAUUAGCCUCGUGAAAUGUCAAUUCACCAGCAACAUUCAUCACGCUCUGGAUGAUGCAAAGAAAGAGAUAGACUUCGAUCAGAUCGACCGAUUCUGGCGGUAUCGCUACAACAAAACAGAGCCUGAGUCGGAGGAGGAAAAGAAGGAAAAGAUAGAAAAAGACGUUCGUGAGAUGAAUCGACAUCGAGCACAUACACCUACAAUUGAACGAGUGGUGCUCUACUAUACUACGGAUCGAAGACUAUCGUCGACACCUACAGUUUCGUCUAUGUCGCCGUCACCAGAGCCAUUUUCGCAGCGCUCACCGCUCCCCGAGUCGGGCAAGAAUCUCUUCAUACAAUGCGUGAGACCAGCCGUAUCGCAACAUGAUUCGCUUACCUCAGAACCUAUUGGUGAUGUAGUGGUUCCUGUUAUGACUCCUGUUUUUGAGGAGGAAGAGAAAGGAAUAGAGCAUGUGCGAGUCGAGAACCCUCAAAGGCACUUUGAACGGGCGAUUGUUGGUGGCGAGUCAAACUCAAGCGAAUUGAAGAGAAAUGAUGUCGUUUCUGAGCAGAAAGAAGAACUGAAAGAAAGCUCGGACGAAAUUUCAACAGAACUUUUAAUACCGAACAAACCCAUUGACGUAGAAUCGCAUAAGGAAAGUACACCAUUUUUCCGGCUAGACAGGAUAUCUUCCGGGGAGGAAUCGGAAGAUGGACGAGUUAUAUUUGUAGAAUCACGGGAUCUUCCGGCAGCUUUCUUAAAGCGGCAUCAUCGGCUUAAAGACGAAUCGACGUCCACAGCGGAUUUGGAGGAUUUCAUGACGGACGUCAUUCGUGAUGGGUGGAGCGAUAACAACGCCAACUAUAAAAAGGAAGUGCACGACAAGUCGACCGUAACCUCUCCGUCGUUAAACUCAAAUUCGAGUCAGCAACAAUUUUUCGAGAAGCACAUGAUGCAAGAUCAAGCUACUUCAAUGUCACUGUCGCCUGCAAGCUCACCGCUACCACCGUUGGUAGUUCUGGAAGAUGCUCCAGAGACAGAUGUUUCGUUGCCUGAUUUGAAAGAUCACUUCUCAGACCUGGAAAGCUCGUCAGUUGAAGAUCUUCUUGCCAUUGAAACUCGCCCCAGCUCGGUGAACAGAAAAUCGGUCACUUUCAGUGAUUUGAUUGAUGUGGAACCCUCAUCACCUGAAUCGAUCAGGAAAGAACGGAGUCAGUCACCAUUCGGACAUAACUUCGACCUAAAACCAAUUCUUAAGAAAGAGGAUAAGCAGAAGGAAACUAUGCGGCGAUUACUGGAAUAUGCGUCUGAACGAUUGUACAAAGACCUGUUGAUGCUUGUUGAGGAGAGAGAUCGUUCGAUUCAUGCGUUGGAGAUCACUCCAGACGAUGCAAAGGAUCUUUCCGAACAAACUACUUUUUUCCAGAAGAAAUAUCGCGAUAAACUGCUGGAGAACAAAUUCGCCCUGGACAAGAGGAUUGAUCAGGUCUGGUUAAAGCUUAAGGAUAUGCCUAUCGAUGCUCACAAAGCUCAUCUAAUUUACGGAGUUCGUCACAGUUCUGAGCUGACAUUAAAUGUGAAGCGUCGACUUGCUGUUCGAAGAAGCUCAUGCCAGAUAGAAAAGAAGGAGAAGAGAAACGAAAUGGAGCUAGCCAGCGAUUUCUCACGUCGCCUGUCACGUGUUCGUGAGCAGAUGAUCCGUCGAGAUUCCGAUUCGCUACUGGCCACCGAAGACAACCGUUCAAUGGAAGACCUGCUCAACGCCGUUUCACGUAUUUUUGGCAGCUACGAAAAGCUAUGCAGUACUUGA